UGUUUUUUUAAACAUCGAGAUAUAACGCUGGAGGCUGGUCACUAAAUAAUGACCGAGUGAGUGCUCGCGUUCAGCAUAGAGGAUCUUUGUCCUCGGGCAUGCACCAGUAGGAAGGCGCCUUUCGACAGAAGGCAGCAGAAGUGCGCACUCGGCUCGGCGACUGGUCGGUGGAAUAACAGCGGACCCUCCAUGGACAGGACGGCCGUGGUGAAGGUCGGGGCCGCGGCCAGCGCCAGCGUCUGUGCCCUGUUCGGCGGCGUGGUUCUGGCCCAGUACAUCGUGGCCAAGAAGAAGAGAGCGGGCAAGAAAACCCGGAUCAUAGAAAUGAUGCCUCAGUUUGAGAAGUCGACGGUCCACAUGAGAGACCCUGAGAGGGUGGAGCAGAUCAUCUGUGGCCUCAUCAAAGGAGGAGCUUCCAAACUACAGAUCAUCACAGACUUCGACAUGACGUUAAGCAAGUUCGCUAUCAACGGCAAACGCUGUCCGUCGUGUCACUAUAUCAUUGAGAACUGCAGACUGGUGUCAGAGGACUGCAGAGCGAAGCUGCUGCAGCUCAAGAAUAAAUACUAUCCCAUCGAGAUCGACCCUCAUCUCACCAUGGAGGAGAAGUACCCAUUCAUGGUGGAGUGGUAUUUCAAGUCUCACACACUGCUUGUGGAGCAGCGGAUAGAGAAAGACAAACUGGCAGAUUUGGUGCGAGAGUCUGACGCUGCACUCAGGGAAGGCUAUGAGCACUUCUUCGACCGCCUGCAGCAGCACAGUGUCCCCGUCUUCAUCUUCUCAGCUGGCCUGGGCGACGUCCUGGAGGAAAUCCUCCACCAGGCCGGAGUCUACCACCCCAACAUCAAAGUCGUGUCCAACUUCAUGGACUUUGACGAAAACGGCGUCCUGAAGGGCUUCAAAGGCGAGCUGAUCCACGUGUACAACAAACACGACGGCGCCCUGAGGAACACGGACUACUUCAAACAGGUGAAGGACUACUCCAACAUCGUUCUAAUGGGGGACUCGCUGGGGGACCUCAGCAUGGCCGACGGCGCGCCCAACGUGGAGAACAUCCUCAAGAUUGGCUACCUCAACGACAAGGUGGAAGAGCUGCUGGACAAAUAUCUGGACUCUUACGACAUCGUCCUGGUGAAGGACGAGACUCUGGAGGUGCCCAACGCCAUCCUCCAGAAGGUCCUAUAACUCCACGCUCAACCCCCCCCCCCCCACCCUAAGGUCCACUCCUCUCCUACCAUCAGCGCCGAUUCCAGCAUUCGGACCUUUCAGACACCAUCCUAAACCUUUGUCGAUUGGUCCAACCCCUCCUCUAGCUCUGGAUCCCUCACCCCCCACCCCCCACACCCCAAUCUCGCUCUUGAAAAGCCUUUUUUCCCCAAGCCAUCUCCUGAAUGAACAGUUUUAAAAGUCCACACAGCAGCAUCAGCCUGUCUCUGGUGUGUUUUGUCCAUUUAAAUUGUUUCUGAUGUUCUCUCGAAGCUGUUUUAUGAUUAAAAAACAACAGAAUAACCCAAAAGAGACGUAAAAUCCCACAAACUAUCACUCCAUCUUUAUAUCUUGCACCUUGUGGUUGCCAUUGUUGGAUUAUUUUUUUAUAAGGUAAUUAUUGUAUAUCAGACAGCAGGCACCUACCGACCGACAGUGUUUUCUUUAAACUGUCCCAACGUGUCCGUCACCUGUCACCUCGGUUCCUCUGAUUCGGUGCCACGGGUCAGACAAGGAAAAGGAGGCCGUGGUCACACAUAAAACACCUGCAUCCGCAAACGCUACGUCAGCGCUUUCGCGGGUCCUUAAAGUAAUUCAGUGCAUACAGGACCUCUGGAAAAAUUUAACUCCUAGUCAAAAUUACAAUGUGUUGCACGGUGACGGGAGCAACAUAAUAACCAGUGUAUUCGUUUUACGAGAAAAAUGGAUUCAGAUUGUCAAGAAACUCAGAUGAUGAAAGAAAACGCACUUUAAAUUCUGUGUACGGGGGAAUCGGCCUUUACACGAACAUAUGUGGCAAUAAUUUUGAUUUGUGGAUUUAGGAACACAGAAAAGCCAUGUUUACGUUAAUGAAAGCUUUUUUUUUAUUUAACCUAAUGUGCUCAUUUGGCAUCAUAUCAAC